AUGGACGACGCAGAUACGGACGGGGGUCACGUAGUAUUAAACGUUAGCGUAUCAACAAAUUCAAUCAAUACUCACCAUUUUGAGAUGUUUUUGGAUGAAAUCUGCUCGGAAAAAUCAAAUUGUGUAGCACGAGUGUCGGGAGCCGACGUUGCAACAGAAAGGAAGGUGCGCGGAACAGUUCGACGGACCGUCGGGCUACGGUACACAGCGCUAACCCCCCCACCACAAAACACCAGCGGUCGCCAUGACACGUUGCACAGAGCGGCCGACCACGGGAAUAAUGGCUAUGACACCCCACUUUCCCUCCUACUCUUACUGUCGUACGAUCCCUUCCAGCCGCGUCCGAACGCGUUGUGUACGUGUGGCGCACAUGGUUGCCAACCUCGUGUCCCGCAAAAUAAAGCGGAAGACUUAUUAUUUUUAUUAUUCCCAUGA